CAGAUAUAAUUGAAGGGUCUCUGAGUUGAGCUACUACAGAAAGUGAUUAGUCUUCAGGUCAUUCAACAUCUAUUCAAAUUGUAAAUGUUGAAAUCUGAAUGUGAUGCUUCAUCAUCCUUAAAAUAACAGUAUAUCAUAAUUGAAGUAAAAACUAAAGUCGGAUUUUAGAGACACUAAAUCAAUUCCCUCAAAGAAAAUCGUUUUUCAAAUGAGCCAUAAACCAAACAUUCUCACACAUCUGCAGGAAUGCACUUUGCGCUUAUGUGAUUAAGUCUCUCCAUCCAUCACGCUCCCGUUCCUUGUAAAGGUUCUUUGUUCAUGGAAGAAACAAACAAAAGGCUGUUGAGAUAAAACUAGGUGAAGCUAAUCUUUUAAUAACCUUACAUCACGCAUUUUCAAAAAAACGUCUUAAUUGCUCAGGCGUACGUCACGCAGCGCUAAGAGCAUUUAGCCCAUGAAGAUAUUAACCGGCAACAAAUGAUCCAGAGUGCUGAUUCAUUCACGUCUCCACUCACCUUCCUUUGGAAUAAACACUCUGCCAAAGCUAAUUGUGUUUACUGCACAACAUGUGAAGUCACAGGUAAUUUAACAACAACAGUUCCAUUUGUGGAGAGUCGCGUUCACAUCUCAGGCAGAGACAUUAAGCUCUCUUCGGAGAGAAGGCAGAGCUGUAGACGUCCUCAGAAACUCCACCACAAUGUUGUACAGACAUUCAGCAACAACCAACCCCAUCAAUUCUCCAUAGACGUUUGCUUUGUUCUGUUUGAUCUGACAUUCACAUGCAUCUGUUCAAAAGCCCACAGAAGUGUGUUUAACGGCUGGUUGUCACCGGGUUGAAAGCUCAGGUGUUCAUUGUAAAGAGAAGCAGUGCUGACUUUCACUGAGCGGUCUGGGCUUCAGGGAGCGUGUUGACUUGCUGUCAGAAACAUUGUUGAUGGUAAUUGGCAACUUUUGUGUUCUUUCUACAAUGACAAGUUAAGAUUUCUGCUGUUAACUUAGAAUACGUUUAAUUUAGGCAGAACGAAAUAGUGCAGAAAGCAUAUUUUAUAUACUAAAUCUAUAUAUUUGAUAGUAUAUAUCUUUUCUUAAUGACGCAACCUCAAGUCAAGCGAGCAUUGCUACUGAAUAACAUUUUUGAAUUUGGAAUAAGAAAAUAAUUCCAAAGGCUAUAAACGUUUUGGGGCGCUUACACCUGUUUUCAAGAAUGACAUGAAAACACAUUUUGUUAAUCCAAAGAUAUGGAUGCAUUGUCCAGAUGUUUUGGACUGUUGAUGGUUAUGAUCCCCUUUGAAAACCACUGCACUGAAAUCACGUUGACACAGUGUGCGUGUGUGAACCCCAUUUCAUUGUAAUCUAAUAUUGAGGUUGUCGUUUUUAAUUAUGUAUCUCUACAGAAACUCAUACCUUGGUAUUAUAGGUUACAAAAAACAUAUAUGCAUUUCUGUUUUAUUUUCAUCCUCUCCACUAAACACAUACAACAUAAUAAACCAUAUCCUUCCAAUGAAUGAAUGAUUGAUCAACAAUGAAGAAUUUUACUUCGACAAACUCCUUGACAUUACUGCAUUAUAAUUACAUGUCCUAAUAUAUCAGAAUAUAAUCUAUGUAUCUCCUAGUUGAGAUGUUUCUGAAGUGUGAAGCACGCAAACGGGGGAAAUAAAGGCGCACUGUCCCUUUAAGUGAGAUCGCCUCCCCGCAGCCCUCCGGUCUCGGCUCACUUGUUCACUGCAACACUACAGCGGCGGUUCAUCCUCCAGACACACGGACUGUGAAACGCAGCCGAACCCCGGGAAGGAGCGUCUGAAAUCCGGCUGUUGUUUCUUUUUUCUUUUUCUUUUUAACCGACAGGAGCGCGAGGAAGCUGCCCGUCUGCUCUCCGCAGAGUUCUCGCGGUGGACUCCAGGUGAACCGGACCCACGUCGGAGUACAGCGGACAAACACCUGACGCGGCAGCAUGAGUGGAGAAGAAGGUGGUGUCAAACAGCACUUGGGCGGUGUGUUAAGUAGACGUAGCACUGGUUAAAUCGGACGAGGGCGGCGCAGUCGGUGUUCUUUGGGGAACAUCCACGGCCGGGGAUGGAUUAUUGGUGUGCGUCUUCACGGCUUUGGGUUUAGUCGAGACGCGGCGCAACCGCGCGCCUUCCUUCCGCCUCUCGUAGCGCAGGUGGAUCCUGUUCCUGUGUUCAUCUCACCCCCCCCGAAGCAUCCACCUGUCACCCUUAUGGGUAACCAGGUGGAGAAACUAACUCAUUUGAAUUACGCAGAGGUGCCGACGUCUGAUCCAAAUGGGUUCGACCCGGACGACGACGGACCGCGCAUCGGCGUCUCCUACAUUUUCUCCAACGACGACGACGACCAGGACGACAACUUGGACCGCUUUUCGCCGGACGCCCGCGUGGCCAACCACGAGGAGAAGCCCUUCGACCCCGAGGACGUGCUGCCGUGCGCGAUUUACUACCGAGACGAGUGCGUCUUCGAGACGAACCCCGCGGCCGCGACUCACUCUGCGGAAAGUCUCCUGAACAAGUGCCGGCCGGGGGACCUGCUGGAGUUCCUGGCCACCGGGCAGUACCCCCACUGGGCCGUGUACGUGGGGGACUUCCAGGUGGUGCACAUGCACAGGGCCGAGAUCAAGAACAACUUCUUAACCGAUGUGAGCCAGGGCAAGCAGGGCCGGAUAGUGAACGGCCUCUACAGGUACCGCGCGCUCCCGCCGGAGGUGAUCGUGCGCAACGCGGUGGACCACGUCGGCUCCAGAGACCGAGAGCUCUACUGGAGGAACUCCGAGUGCUUCGCCGCCUGGUGCCGGUUUGGCAAACGGGAGUUUAAAAUCGGAGGGGAGAUCAGGAUAGGAAAGCAGCCGUACAGGUUGAAGUUGCUCUUUUCGGAGAAGAAGAGUCACGUCCUGGAGUUUCAGAGCCUGGAGGACGUGAUCAUGGAGAAGAGGAGGAACGAUCAGAUUGGCAAAGGUGCCGUGACGCAAGAGAUGGCCAACCACUUGAACGCGACGCACGAGGACAAAGAGGAGCACGUUGUCAACUGACUGGAUGCUCUCUUAAGAAAAAAAAGAAAUAGUGUUGCUGAGGGAGCAUUCGUCUCCAAACCAAACCCAACCAUAACAAGGAGUAAUACAUGUAACAUUUGGUUCCUCCACAAUGAGAGGAAGGGCCCUGAUAUCCGGGGUGACACUUGCUUGACCCCCACGUGCAUAAGCAAAGCGGAUCACAAGGGUCAAAAUAAAAAUCCCCAAAAGUUUGAUUUCCUCGGGGCAAAUUGGAAGUGGCAAAUGUUUUCCCUCCUCCUCUUUAGAAAAUAUUUUUUACGCACUUAACCUCGAGAUUGACUUGUUAUGAUGGAUAUAUUUGCUUUGGCGCUGCACCUGCAGUCCAAUCGUCUGGGGAUGAAAUCAGAAUAGAAUUACAAUAAUUAACCUUCUAAUCCAAUGAAUCAUUGCACACACUUCUCCGUACUUGUGCCAGACGAGGGUGCUGAAAGCGACCUGCUCCCGUACAACUCAGGUGAUGGGGAUCGGGACCGAUUGAACGAGAGACGAAUACUUGAGCAAAGCUUUCAUUGUCGUUUUACAUCCAAUCAUCAGCUUUACCCACAUGUACGACUGCACGUUGACUGAUUCACCCAUUUCAACAGUUUAUUUUUUUGAAAAAGAAAAAGGUGUUUGUAUAAAGGAAUAUGAAAAUAAAUAUAUAUUUGAAAGGUUAAGUUUUUCUUUUCUGGAAAAAAAAUGGUUGCAACUUUAACAUCUAAAAUGAUUUUGCACGUAGAAUGUUAAUAAAUGUGGUCAAAUCUGUCAUCUUAAA